AUGGAGAGCAGAGACAAAGCUGAGACAAUCAGGAAUGAAAAAGUUGUGAACUGCUUAUACCAGAAUCGUAAUGCACUUUUUAGGCUGGUUUGCUUUCCUUGGGGAGGAGGUGGCUCCACUUUCUUUGCCAAAUGGGGCCAAGAUAUUCCUAAUUCUGUGGAAGUGCAUGCCAUACGGCUUGCUGGGAGAGAAAGCCGGCUUGACGAACCUUUUGCAAGUGACAUGAAUCAGGUGGUUGAUGAAAUUGCCUGUGCCCUACUGCCAAUCAUCCAGGGUGAAAAUUUUGCAUUUUUUGGCCACAGUAUGGGAUCUUAUAUUGCUUUUUUUACUGCACUACAUCUGAAAGAAAAAUAUAAUCUAGAACCAGUACAUUUAUUUGUGUCAAGUCUAAGCCCUCCUCAUGCCCAACUUCGCUUCCUCAAAGAUGAUAUGUGUGCUGGACAAAUUGACUUUUUACUAAAGAAAAUGGGAGGCAUUCCUGAGGAUUUUGUUGAUGAUGAGGAACUGAGUCAAGAAUCUGUUACCAAAGUGUUAGCAGAUCUUCACAUUUUGAAAGAUGUCAUCUAUGGCACACACUCUAAGACUUGUCUUUCUUGUGACAUAACAUGCUUUUCUGGAUCUGAAGAUAUACCAGUGGAUAUGGAAGCCUGGAAAGAUGUAACCAGUGGAGAUUUUGACAGUUUUGUGCUUCCAGGACACCACUUCUAUCUUCUGGAAACUUCCAACACAAGCUUCAUCAAGAAAUACAUAACCAAGUCUCUAGAAAUAUCAGUGCUUACUUCUUGA